AUGCAGUUGAGAAUGGAGCUAGUGCAGGUCCUGAAGCGCGGGCUGCAGCAGGUCACCGGCCAUGGCGGCCUGCAGGGCCUCCUAUGGGUUUUCUUCAGGGCAAAGGAUAUAAGGCUUGGUACCUUGGUGGGGGAAGACGAAUACGGAAACAAAUACUAUGAGGACAACGAGCAGUUUUUUGGCCGUCACCGAUGGGUCAUAUAUACCACAAAAAUGAAUGAAAACACAUUCUGGGAUGUGGAUGGAAGCAUGGUGCCUCCUGAAUGGCACUGCUGGCUUCACUGCAUGACUGACGACCCUCCAACAACAAAACCACUGACUGCUCGUAAAUUCAUCUGGACAAACCAUAAAUUCAAUGUGAGUGCCACUCCAGAGCGAUACGUUCCUUAUUCUACCACUAGAAAGAAGAUUCAAGAAUGGGUGCCGCCCUCCACACCUUACAAGUGA